GCCAGGCGACAGACAUGGUGGGCUGGGGUGGUGCGAGUGCGGUGGGGGGGAGGUAGCAGGUGAAUUUGCGUCUCCGGCAGGCGUUUCGUACAGCCCCUGUGUUCGGGUGCAGAAUCUCCUCACAUGGGCGCUUCGGUUUCAGGGCCUGCUGCAGAGUCCCUCGCAAAAAUGUGAUUUCUUCUGAAACGGACGAAGUGCGAAUGUCCUGAAUGUUUGCUGCGAUUCGGGGCUGGCAUUUUCUCUGGCAGGAGCGGCGAAUUUGAUGUAAACCAUGUGGAUGAGCUUGGAUGCAGCGGGGAUUGUGAAGUCGAUUCGAGGAUCUUGGAGUCUGUCUGGAUUCUGCUCUUGAUCCACUCGAGUCCGAAACGCAGAGUCCCUACCAUGUUGUUGACAUGUGUCGAAGAAGCCGUUUGACAAGAUUCGGAAGACAUGAGAGCUCAAUCAGCACACUCGAGAACUGUCGGAGAAAGUUUCGGAAGCCUCUGGUAUUGUGUGUAGUACAUUCAGCUGGUGUUCAGUCUCACUUCUGAUCGGAUCAGAGGACAUGUAUUUGAGGAGAAGAUGAAGCGUCAACUUUCUGGAAUAAUGAGAUUCUUGAAGAUUAGGCUCAAUGGGGCUUCCUCCCCCCGUAUCCGGAAAGGGAAGCCGCAGUUGCCUCUGCGUCAUCGUUAUUGGCCCCUAUCGUACCUGGUCGGGAUCUUGUUGUGUCUCAUCCUGUUUUCGUUGCUUGCUCAUAAGGUCACAUUACAAAAGGAAGAAAUGCUGCACGCUAGAACGGUUUUUGGAGACAACCUUCUCCCUACACCUUGGCAUUGGCAUGACAACCCAUUGGGUCCUCACGCUUUCACAUGGGAGCGCUCUGUAGACAUAAAAAAAUGCUCCUUCCAUAGUUGGAUACCAACUUUCCCCCGUACGGCGGGUAGCCUGGAAGCAAGACCAUCAAAUUCUUCAUGUCCCCAAUUCUUCGAGUGGAUCCGGUCCGAUCUUGCCCCAUGGAAGAAAUCGGGCAUCACUAAGAGAAAUGUUGAAGUGACUAAAGACUCCGCUGCUUUCAGAGUAACGAUAGUGAAAGGAAGGUUGUACCUGGACGUGUAUUACUCUUGUGUGCAAACCCGAGCUUUGUUUACUGUGUGGGGUAUUUUGCUGCUACUCGAGAAGUACAAGGGACUAGUUCCAGACGUAGACCUCAUGUUUGAUUGCAUGGAUCGACCUCGCAUAUCAAGGACGGAAACUUACUCAGAUCUAGAAAGCCCGCCAGUUCUGUUUCGUUACUGCAGCACCAAAAGUCAUUACGAUAUCCCUUUCCCAGAUUGGUCUUUCUGGGGCUGGAGCGAAACAAAGUUGGAACCAUGGGAUGAGCAACGAGAGAAAAUUGCGAAGGCUUCUGCUUCUACGAGUUGGAAAAGUAAGACCCGGAAAGCAUUCUGGAGAGGGAAUCCUGACGUUGGUUCACCUCUUCGGAUGGAAUUGCUUAAAUGCAACAAUGCUUCUGGAUGGUACGCUUCCAGAUCGGAAAUCCAAAAUCAGAACUGGGAUGAUGAACGUGCUGCAGAGACCGAGAAUUGGAAGUCUAAGCUAGAGAACCAGUGCAAUCACAGGUACAAAAUCUACGCCGAAGGCUUCGCGUGGUCUGUGAGUUUCAAGUAUAUCAUGGCUUGUGGGUCUCCAACUUUGGCAAUAUCGCCCAAAUAUCAUGAUUUUUUCUCGCGCGGGCUGAAGUCGUAUGUUCAUUACAUGCCUGUCCGCCCUUCUGAAAUAUGUGCCAGCAAGCUCUGUCCGUCCAUCAACACGGCAGUUGAUUGGGCAGAAUCAAAUCCUAAAAAGGCAAUGGCAAUCGGCAAGACCGGGCAAGAGUUUUUGCGGAGAGAUUUGAGUAUGAAUAAUGUAUACGACUACAUGUAUCACCUGAUAUCAGAGUAUGCAAGAUUACAAACUUAUAAACCCGUCGUUCCAGAGAGUGCGGAGGAGAUAACUCAGAACUUCAUCAUGUGUCUUGCACAACCACAAUUGGGAUCUCUGUUGCAGAAGUCCAGAGAGGCAAUGAUAGUAGGUACAAUACCUUGUCAUAUGUCUAAUUCGAAGAAAGAAUCCUUCCAGACGAACGACUGGGAGGCCAAAGAACAGGAACAGGUAGAUUGGUCUGAGAAGCAAUGUAAUUUUAGAUAAGGAUCCGUUCCUCAUUUUACAGUAGAAGGUAAACACCGAAGUCGGUGUAGCAAUUUUGUCAGAGUCCUUGUACAAAUGUGCUGAGAAAUAUUUAUGUCGUCAUUAUUACUCCUCACCAAAUAAAGCAUAAAAACUAAGACCGUCUCACGAGCUUAAAAUUUGGAAGGGCAAACUACUUUAGGCCACUGUUAGAACGUAAAGUGCCUCAAGUCUCGUCCAGAAUUAAAAGUAUGGUGCCAAACAAGGGGUUUCCAAUUGUUGUGUUUCUUGAUGAGAGCCUCCCGUUCCUUUUGCCAUAUUGCCUGGCUUUUAGGUCAUAAUUGUAGAGGCCUAAACUUGUAGACAAUAGGCCGUGAUACAAAGAAAGACGUUCAUAGGCAUUUUUUGUAUGGUGUAAUCAUUUGCCAAAGUAUAUAUGAAUAUGCCAAACAAUGAGAUGU